CCCACCGUCGGCAAUACAGGUACCCAAGUAAAAAGAAAGCCGUUUAAUAUAUCUCUGUGUUAUUCAUGUUGUAGUGCUACAAAUCGAUCGAAAUCUUCAAGCCUCGACCACCACUGAUCGCUUUUCAAGAACGCUCCAAACAUCGCCAUGUCCCUGUUCAGUAACAUGGUGACAGACUUCUUGCGGAACAUCAUUGACACUGCACAAGACCCCAACUCGGUGUAUGAGGUGAAGGCAGAUACGCACAACCACUGGCCAGUGUGCUGCCGCGAACAGUGCCUGUGUCUGUAUGGGCCCGAACGCACGUCAGAUGGCACUGAGGUCUUCGACCUGGUCAUCCAGCGGCCGCUCGCCGACACUGUUGACAAGGAGUACGUGCUGGCACGCUCGCGCUCGCGGGAGGACGGCCGCCGCCUGCUGCAGCGGCUGGCAGGCUUCCUACCGCUGCUGGUGCGCCACUGGCCGCGCGACACGCUCCAGCAGCCGACGCUGCAGCGCGUCUGCGACGCCGUCCGGCUGCACCCGGGCUGGCACGGCGCGCAUGUGUGUGCCGAGCUGCAAUGGGCCGAGCCGCUGGCGCGGCCCGAGCUGGCGCCGUUCGUCACCAAGCCCGACCCCGAGACGGGCGUCACGCCACUGCACGUGGCCGUCACCGGCGGCAACGCGCGCUACGUGACGCGUCUGAUGGCGUUGGCGCCGCCGCCGAGCGUGGCCACCGCCGACGCCGACGGCAAUACGGUGCUGCACGUGGCGGCACGUGGCCCGCGCGAGCUGCUGGCGCUGCUGGUCGGCUUCGCCGAGCCGGACACAGUGAACGCGCGCAACGGUAAGAACCUGACGGCGCUGCACGUCGCCUGCAUGGAGGACAAGCCAGAGAAUGUCAAGACGCUGCUGAAGGCUGGCGCCGACGUCAACGUGGCCGGAAACGCCGACCAGCUGCCCAUCCACACGGCUAUGUCGCUGUCCAGCUCACGCUGUGCCAAGGAGAUCAUCGACACCUACCCCAACCAGCUGAACGCCAAGGACAUGAAGCUCGGCGGCACGCCGCUGCACUGGGCCAAGGGCGUCGACGUGCUGCUGGCCAUGCUGGAGCUCGGCUGCAACAUUAACGCGCGCAACUUUGCUGGCGACACGGCGUUGCACGUGAUGACGCGCAAUCGGCUGCUGGACAAUGUGGUGCUGCUGCUGUCGCACGGCGCCGAGGUGGACCCGCAGGACCGCGACGGCAACACGCCGCUGCUGCUGGCCGUUGCGCUGGCGGAUGUGCACCUCACGCGCGCGCUCAUCGUCUUCGGCGCCGACCUGGCGGCGUGCAACGUGCUGGCGGCCACGUCGCUGAGCCGCUCGGUAGCUGAGGCGCGCCGCCGGCAGUCGCCGCCGCCACGCUGCCGCGUGCUCUGCCUGGACGGCGGCGGCAUCCGCGGCGUACUGCUCGUGCAGGCGCUGCACGAGAUACAGCGGCUGGCCGACAAACCGAUCGCAGAGUGCUUCGACUGGAUCGGCGGCACCAGCGUCGGCGGCAUCCUGGCCAUGGCGCUGGCGCUGGGCAAGACGCUGCAGCAGUGCCAGCAGCUCUUCUUUCGCCUCAAGGACAAGGUGUUCGUCGGCUCGCGGCCGUAUAGCAACGAACGCCUGGAGGGCUUUCUGAAGGAUGAGUUCGGCGAGAACACGGUGAUGACGGACAUCGAGAAGCCCCGCGUGAUCGUGACGGGCGCGCUGGGCGACCGACAUCCAGCCGACCUGCACCUCUUCCGCAACUACGAGGACGCCGCCGCCAUGCUGCAGAUUAAGGAGGCCACAAAGUUCACGCCGCCGCCGCCACCCAGCGAGCAGCUGGUGUGGCGCGCGGCCCGGUCCACCGGCGCAGCGCCCACCUUCUUCCGCGCCUCGGGCCGCUUCGUCGACGGCGGUCUCAUCGCCAACAACCCGACGCUCGAUGUGCUGACCGAGAUCUUCGAGUUCAACCUGGCGCUGCAGACGAUGGGCCGCGCGUCGGAGGCGGUGGCGCCCACGGUCGUGCUCUCGCUCGGCUGCGGACGGCCCCCGGUCGCUGAGGUGGACGCCAUAGACGUCUUUCAGCCGGACAGCAUCUGGGACAUCACCAAGUUGUCGUCCGGCUUCCAGGCUCUGUUUAAUAUGGUCACCGACCAGGCGACCUCCGUGGAGAACCGUGUGGUGGACCGGGCGCGCGCCUGGUGCGGCUCGCUGGCUGCACCCUACCUGCGCUGCAGCGCCCAGCUCACACUCGACCUGCCGCUGGACGAGACGCGCAACGAGCAGCUGUUGCUCAUCCUCUGGGAGAGUCGCGUCUACCUGGAGACCAAGCGCGACAUCCUGCGCGACUUCGUCAAGCUGCUGUGAACGCCGGCGCGGGCGCGGGCGUGGACUUGUUCGGCGCGGCGCGGCGCACGGCUGGUUGAGCGACUCAUAUCUUCCGAUAGUGGAACUGUUCCACCGACCGUUUGGACGUCAGUUACCAUUGUGCUGUCUAGAGGCUUGCCUGCUGGGUGAUGUUGUUGGCUGAUCUGUGGGAUGACGGUACCAGAGGAGGAUGACAGGUGUAUGGGUGGCACCAGAGGAGGAUGACGCAGGUGUAUUGGUGGUAUCAGAGGAGUAGGACGCAGAUGUAUUGGUGGUACCAGAGGAGUAGGACGCAGGUGUAUUGGUGGCACCAGAGGAUGACGCAGGUGUAUUGGUGGCACCUGGGGAUUUUGUCGUGUAAUUGUCUUUGUUUUGCGUAUCCGCCGUAUUGAAUGAGCUGCUGGUUUUGCGAGUGUAUGGGGCUAGAGUAUUAUCUUUCUUCAUCUGGCUGUAUCUGUCUAAGCGUUCUGCAUUUGCAGUUCUGCAGUAGUUUAGCUGGUUAAGUUUUCCUCAGGUGUCAUACCGCACUGAAGCGUUUUGGUCAUUUAUGGAGUAUGUUUACCGUGAAUGUGCCAUUCAUGAAAUGACAGUUUUAGUUACGGGUUCUCAUUUAGCCGUAGACGCACGCGAAUUCGUGAAGCAGCUUUAAUUCGACGUCGUUGCUUAGCAAUGACCUCGAAUGAAAUUGAUCCAGGUCGUGAAAUGGCCUGCGUAUGCCUAAUUGCGUCUGCGCAUAUGCAGUCCCCGCAGAGACUGUGCUGUGAAGGCUGACCUUCUGCACCGGCAGGCGGGGAAUGCGCUUUGAUAGCUUUUAAUCAUAUGGUGGGUCAAUAUAAUACUCCCAGA